GCGGGCCUUCCGGGCGUGUGCUUCCGGCGUCGGCGGCCGUGGCCGGGGACUGUGUGAGAGCGGUAAGAUGGCGGCGGCGGCGGUGGUGGAGUUCCAGAGAGCCCAGUCUCUACUCAGCACCGACCGGGAGGCCUCCAUCGACAUCCUCCACUCCAUCGUGAAGCGUGACAUUCAGGAGAAUGAUGAGGAGGCAGUACAGGUCAAAGAGCAGAGCAUUCUGGAACUGGGGUCUCUCCUGGCGAAGACUGGACAAGCUGCAGAGCUUGGAGGACUCCUGAAGUAUGUACGACCCUUCUUGAAUUCCAUCAGCAAGGCUAAAGCAGCUCGUCUGGUCCGAUCUCUUCUUGAUCUGUUUCUUGAUAUGGAAGCAGCUACAGGGCAGGAGGUCGAAUUGUGUUUAGAGUGCAUCGAAUGGGCCAAAUCAGAAAAAAGAACUUUCUUACGCCAGGCUUUGGAGGCAAGACUGGUGUCUUUGUACUUUGAUACCAAGAGGUACCAGGAAGCAUUGCAUUUGGGUUCUCAGUUGCUGCGGGAGUUGAAAAAGAUGGAUGACAAAGCCCUUUUGGUGGAAGUACAGCUUUUAGAAAGCAAAACAUACCAUGCCCUGAGUAACCUGCCAAAAGCCCGAGCUGCCUUAACCUCUGCUCGAACCACAGCAAAUGCCAUUUACUGCCCCCCUAAGUUGCAGGCCAUGGAUAUGCAGUCAGGUAUUAUCCAUGCAGCAGAGGAGAAGGAUUGGAAAACUGCAUACUCAUAUUUCUAUGAGGCAUUUGAGGGUUAUGACUCCAUCGAUAGCCCCAAGGCCAUCACGUCUCUGAAGUACAUGUUGCUGUGCAAAAUCAUGCUCAACACCCCAGAAGAUGUCCAGGCUUUGGUGAGCGGGAAGCUUGCACUUCGGUAUGCGGGGAGGCAGACAGAAGCAUUAAAAUGUGUGGCUCAGGCCAGCAAGAACAGAUCACUGGCAGAUUUUGAAAAGGCCCUGACGGAUUACCGGGCAGAGCUCCGGGAUGACCCAAUCAUCAGCACGCACUUGGCCAAGUUGUAUGACAACUUACUGGAACAGAAUCUCAUCCGAGUCAUUGAGCCUUUUUCCCGAGUACAGAUUGAACACAUAUCUAGCCUCAUCAAACUCUCCAAGGCCGAUGUGGAAAGGAAAUUAUCACAGAUGAUUCUUGACAAGAAAUUUCAUGGGAUCUUGGACCAGGGGGAGGGCGUCUUGAUUAUUUUCGAUGAACCCCCAGUAGAUAAAACGUACGAAGCUGCACUGGAAACAAUUCAGAACAUGAGUAAAGUAGUGGAUUCCCUCUACAACAAAGCCAAGAAACUGACAUAGGUGAGUGCUGGCUCUGGGCCCCAGGCCCCAGCAGCCCUGCCUUCUGCCUGCCGAGACUGGAAGCCUCCUGGUGGCCUCCCGGCUUCCUCGAUUGACACUGCUCUGUCUUCUCUUGCAGAAUUGGAUCUGUAGCGGUCCUUUGGAGAGUGUGUGUGGCGGGAGAGUGAAACCUUUGGGGAAAAUGCUAGGAGAUUCUUUUUUCUUUCUGUUCUACUUUUCGCUCGGAAAGUUUUUAAAUCCUCAUUUGGUGCAUCUGUAUUCCAGCCGAUAGGUGUGCCAGUUUUCAUGUAAUCUUUACUGGCCCAACUUGGGAGUGGGGAAAUUGCUUAAAAAAAAGAAAAAGAAAAAAAAAAAAAAAAGGUUAUUCUAAAUAAAAGGAAAAAGGCUUACACUACCUAAAGCUGUGCUCUCUGCCUCCUGGGAGAGGGCUGCAAAGCCAGGCGCUCCGCCAGCCACUGGGGCUCCUGACCCACACUCGCUGGGUAUCACCUCGCCUCCUCUUCAGAAUUGGGUGUUUGCCUGACCAUCAAAGCAACGACUUUUUAUUCUGUUUGUACGGAACCAAAACAAACAACUGUGUAUAGACUAUUUUCUUUUUUAUUUGAAAUGAGGCGUUUCGGUGUUCUUUCCCCUGCCAUACGGCCUGUCCACUCGCCUCUCCCCCGACAUGGCUCCAGCAGACUGGCUGAAGGUCCCGCCGCCGCCGCCACCACCACCACCACCACCACCAACCACUACCACCACCACCACCACCGCCACCGCCACCGCCACCGCCGCCGCCGCCGCUGCAGCAGCAGCACCUGCUCGGCUCCGCUCCGACCUGUGAAGGACUGCGGAUGAGGCCAGGAGCUAGUGUCCACCUCGGCCACACGGGGAGCAGCGUGGGCCCUCUGGGGGCCUGCUGUGCAUGUGGCUCUUUUUAACACAGUAAACUAGAUUAGACGUCAGUGUUUUAAUUGCUCCCCCCUCUGCUUUUUUCUCUGUCUCCCUCUGUCUCCUCUCAGCCAGGAGACCAUCCCAUGUCUCUCUUUGCUUCCUCCUUCUCCCUCCAGGGAGAAAUUCUGAAAUUCUUCAGCUUCUCUCUCCGUCCCACUGCUCCUCUCCUGCUGGCAGAUGGAUUUAUUCCUUUUUAAAACAGUGAACAUUGGAAAUGAGACUGUGGGGUGUGGUUUUUUUCUCCCAGUUUCGUUGUUGGGUUUUCGCGCAACCUCAUGUCCCCCUCCCAGGGAGCUUCUCGAUUUACCUCUUAGAAGUGGGUGGCUGGGAGGUAGAGCACUGUACUCCAGCAUGCUUGGUUUAACGAUGAGAUUCCUUAGCAAGGCUUUAAUGCCGUUUGGGCAGGUAAGCUUCUGCACCUCUGUUGUGCUCAGCUCUGUUUUCUUCUUUCUCUCAUGUCCUCUUUGUCGUCCCUCCCGCCGCCCCCGCCUCCUUCCCGCUGGCCUCCUUUUCUCUUUCUUUCCCUUUCUCAGAUUAUCCUUCCAGGUUUUCGUAAUAAAUUUAUAUUUUGUAAAAGGAUUUUGUUGUACCAGGUUUUGCAUCCUCACUGAAUCUGACUGGCUUUUGUUUUCCUCUCCAAAAUCAGGUAUUUGUUCUCAACAUCUUUCCCCAUCAUGUCCAGUCACUGUUUUGGUUUUGGCACCAUCAAUAUCAAAUGUACAAACGGUUCUUGCUAACCAACACCAGGUAUAUCUGAUGUUCAGAUGAGUUCCAAUAAAAACAAUUUUUUUUUCAAAAA